AGAGGUGGAGGGAUGAAAAAAAUUGUAUAAAAGGAGAGAGAAAAGGCGAAAGAAAUCAGUCGAGUGAGCAUCUCCGACACGGCAUCAACUGGUGCAGCGCACUAUUUGUCACCAACUGCCUUUUUCAUCGUGUUACCACUUCGCAAUCAUGGGCGUCGUGCUGCUGUUGGGUGUUGUACCAUUGAUGGUUGGUUACUGUUCCCCUGGCGAGAUAUCGGUUCCCUUCAUAAAGCAACAACGAAGAAAUCAGUCAAGUGAUCAUCUCCGACACGGCAACAACUGCUUUCUUUGUCGUGUUAAAACAAUUCGCAAUCAUAGGCUCCAAAGUACUACACCACCAAGGCGCCGGAGAACUGCACAACUACAUUUCAUGGUCGUAAAAAAAAGGGAGAAAAGGCGAAAGAACGAGUGGUCAUCUCCGACAUGGCAACAGCAACUGCAGUGCACUACUUUUCACCAGCUGCAUAUUUCGUCGUACCACCAGUUUGCAUUCAUGGAGAAUGGUGCGCAUUGCUGUUCGGUGUCGUAUUGUUGAUGGCUGGGUCGACCACUGGUGUACCGAUGUCUCGUGGGUAUGGUGGAUACCAAACCACAACGCCGCAGUCUUACUACUCAACAACAAAAUACGUAACAACCGCAUACUACACCACUAUCCACCAGAGUGUACAACUUACGAUGCCUCGAACUACUACACCGAAGCCCCAAAAUAUAACUCUGCCCCGAGUUGUAACUCGGGGCAGAGUUAUAUACCACGAAGGGAGCGGAGUACUACACCACCACAUAUGCUGCCCCAGCCUUUUACACCGAGGCUCCCAAGUACUACACCACAAACUACGCUUCCGCAAGUUGCUACAUGGAGGUUCAUAAAUGCUAGAGCCGAAAUUUCCAUUUUUUUUUUUUUUAUAUUUGUCGGUUGUCUUCAUGGUCAUUGGUCACUGGGAAUUAGUUGUUGAUCUUAAAUGAGAAAAUAAAAAUUCUAAUGCGGGUAA